AUGAUUCCGUACCGACAAAUCGCCAGAAUGUCUCAUUUGGCGGCUCGAUUCGUCGGUGGUUCGGAUGUGCACGUCGUUGAUCCGAUGGUCGAUUUGAGGUGGAAACCUGAAGAUUCUGAUUGGAAAUUUCAUAAUCCUUACAUUCAGAAAUGUUUUCGAACAAAGUGAAAAACUGAAAUCAGCAGUGGAAUCAAGAAAUUUAAAAGUCGACGUUGAAGCCGUAAAAAGGGAUUACGAGGAUUGGUUCGAGACGUAUCAGAAAUGGAAGUCGGCUGAUAAGGUUUAGGAGAAAUGCAAAUUCUUCAUUGCAAAGAGCUAUUCAGGAAUCCGCCUCGGCACUGAAAAAAGAGAUGCGCUCAAAGAAGGACGGUCUUCUGAACGCCCUCGCUCUCCCGAAUCUCAUCCAUCACGCCGGUCAGAAACAGAUACCUCUGCUGAAGCCGUCAAGUAAGCAUUUGACGCUUUCGUCCUAUACCGAAUUCUUACAGAGCAUGCACAAUACCUGGCUCAGCAAGGACUGAUGCGAAUCGACAAGCAGAACCACGUGGUCCACCUCGUCGGCUAUCCGGUCGUCGUGCAGAGAAUGAUUCGCGAGCAGCUUGUCGACUUGUUCCCCGGUUGUCAGAACAUCUCUCCCUCUUAUUUCGCCCGAGCGGCCAUCCUGGAAGCACUGAACAUCGACCAGAACACGUGCAUUCCUUUCACCGACGGAUCCUCUCAUUUUCCGUUGACAUACCUCGGUAUUUCAGAUCUUUCUUCCAAAAAUAUCCUCAUUUUUCAGUUGGAAACUCAUUGGCAGCCAUCACGUCGCCUUUUCUCAAAACGACGUUCGGUGAGAAAAACGAAUGGCCGAUCAGUGUGCAGUGCACGGGAGCCAAUUACACGGAGAAAGUAGGUGACAUCAGCAAGUGCAGAAUUAUCGGAAAUGAUCGGUUCUGCAGAAGAAUCAAGUCGAUUUGUGCAAUGCGCGACAGAGAAUGAAGCACUGCGCACUUUGGAUGAGCAAGUCUGCCGUGGAAAUCGAAGGAAUCGUGAGCGAUGCGUGCGUACGAAUGGGCGCAUAUCUGGACGAAGGACUGCUUCUGGAGGUCCAAGUGCGAGAGCUUCAGGGCAAUGAACUGAGGAACUACGAGUCACAAGCAUUCGUUGUCGAGAACCGAGGACUGGUUCUGUCUAGAGUGAGUGCAACCAGAAAGCGAGACGGCGGGAAACCGGGCCUGUUUCAGAUUUCGAGAAUCGGUGAUUAUGUGUCAAAGAGACUGAAUAUCCAAUACUCGGGAAGCCAAGCAACAGAAAAGACUGAAGGUAAUCGAGGAAAUGUCUUCUUCCCAUUGAAUAACUCUGUUUCCAGCCGUCGAGGGAGGAUUCGUGCAGAUGGUUUACGUGGAAACGGACAUCGAUCGAAUAAUCGCCCGACUUGUGGAUGAUCUCAUUGAGGGCAAAGAACCGCCUAAAUACAUUCGAGACGCCAUCAAGAGAAGCUUUUGA